GUAUUUGGGAGGGCAGGUAUGAUGGCGUCCCCCUCUAUGUUGAUCACGACCAAGUAUUCCCGUCAACGUCUAGCAAUUUGUCUCUGAUUACCGUAACACCAAUCGUAUUCGCUUCUGGCAGCCACAACUCCGGGCGCCAUCGAACUUAUAUGCCGAGCACUGCAGUUCCUAGCAUAUGCCCACUGAGUGCGUCACCCUAUUGCUAAUCGUGAUUUCCUCACUUUCAGGCACGCCACAGGCACACGUCCUCCUAGGAGGACCGCAUUCAUGAUCAAAUGAACGCGGAGGAGGAGCAACCAGACGAUGUUGACGAGCCAGGGACGCAGCGUCCGCAGGCCGCUGCCGCUUCCAACAUGACCAAAAACACGGCUCCACCGAAGCAGCGGGGUCAUAGAGUAGGGAGUGCGAGCUCCGUCAAGGUCUACGAAAGUAGGCAUACUUCUGGACAAUUCACACGAGCAAGCGACCACAGUCCAGUACCACUUCAUCAGAAUCCUGAGCCGCUGAGGUUGAAGCUGCAAUCCACUCAGACCGAUCUUAGGCUGGUCAUCGAUGUCGAAAAUCUGAUUGUACAUGCCGCCCGAAUCGGGCCGAUGAACGAGGAGAUGCAAACCCCAACGCUCAAUAAGGCAGAAAAUAUCGCGGUCACCUUCCUAUUGAACUCCUCAACGACACGGCGCAUGGCAUACAUGAUGGAGCUCACCAAUCAGGGCAUAGUCGAUGUCGCGAGCAAGCCAGGCUUUGACCAUUGCACCCCGAUUAUUCGUCAGGAAAUGACAUGUAACGAGCAUGCCCACGAAGUCAACUAUGAAGCUAAAGUGCGCGCAAGCAAUGAUGCAAGCUCUGUUCAAUCCUGCAUGUGCUUUGGAGUUAUAACCAUUGGGAUUUUGAACUCGCGCACAGCGAAGACCGCAAUGGAUAUACAACUUCUUCCCUUGGAACGUGGUCAGGGGGUGAAUUAUGAUUAUGCUCGUGCUCCGAACAGAUUGCUUGGAUAUGUAACGUCGUCUUUCGACUAA